AUGGAGGGGAGCGGUGGGUGGCAUCGCCUGGUGUUUGACGUGUCGCUGCCUUCCUCCCGCAGAGGCCUCGUGAUCGCGAUGGUGGCUAGCUUCAUCUUCAUCGUCCUGCUCCGCUUCCUGGCCGGGAUCAUGGUCUGGGUGAUGAUCGUGAUGGUGAUCCUGGUGCUGGGCUACGGAAUCUUCCACUGUUACAUGGAAUAUGCAAAACUGAAAGGGGAAGCGGGUUCUGACGUCUCCCUGAAGGACCUGGGAUUUCAGACAGACCUACGCGUCUACCUCCACCUGCGGCAGACGUGGCUGGCAUUCAUGAUCAUCCUGUGCAUCGUGGAGGUGGUGAUCAUACUGCUGCUCAUCUUCCUCCGCAAGAGGAUCCUCAUUGCCAUUGCGCUCAUCAAGGAGGCCAGCAGGGCUGUUGGUCACAUCAUGAUGUCGCUGCUGUUCCCAUUGUGCACCUUCUUCCUGCUGUGUCUCUGCAUCACCUACUGGGCCAGCACCGCCGUUUUCCUCUCCACCUCCAACGAGGCGGUCUAUAAGGUGUUUAACGAGACUGCGUGCCAGUUUUCCGGGCAGACCUGCAAACCGGAGACCUUCAACACGAGCAACGUCACCAAGCUGUGCCCCGACGCCCAGUGCCUCUUCGCGUUCUACGGGGGCGAGACGGCGUACCACAAGUACCUCAUCGUCCUCCAGUUCUUCAACGUCUUCAUGUUCUUCUGGCUCGCCAACUUCGUGAUCGCGCUGGGCCAGGUGACGCUGGCGGGGGCCUUCGCGUCAUACUACUGGGCCUUCAAGAAACCCGACGACAUGCCCGCCUUCCCCCUCUUCUCCGCCUUCGGCCGUGCGCUCCGGUACCACACCGGCUCGCUCGCCUUCGGCUCUCUGAUCCUCGCCAUCGUCCAAGUCAUCAGGGUCACUCUGGAGUAUCUGGACCACAGGUUAAAAGCUGCAGAUAAUAGGUUUGCCAAGUUCCUCCUGAGCUGCCUGAAGUGCUGCUUCUGGUGCCUGGAAAAAUUCAUCAAAUUCCUCAACAGAAACGCGUACAUCAUGAUCGCCGUCUACGGCACCAACUUCUGCACCUCGGAUGCGGAUGCUCAUCUCUCUCUUGUUUCCAGGGUGGCCGUUUUAGAUAAAGUCACGGAUUUCCUUUUCUUCCUCGGAAAACUCCUCAUCGUGGGAAGCGUCGGAAUCCUUGCCUUCUUUUUCUUCACCCAGCGGAUAAAGCUGGUCCAAGACACAGCGCCGCCUCUGAAUUACUACUGGGUCCCUAUUCUGACGGUGAUCGUGGGCUCCUACCUCAUCGCCCACGGGUUCUUCAGCGUGUACGGCAUGUGCGUGGACACCCUCUUCCUCUGCUUCUGUGAAGAUCUGGAGAGGAACGAUGGAUCUCCCGAGCGGCCUUACUAC